AUGGCGUCGAUGGCGUCUCUCGUCAGAAAGUACCUAGUUGGCCUCGUUUUCCUCAUCUUUCUGCUCUUCCAACAAGCCAUCAUCCGCAUGGCCACUUUAGAUGGACACCAGCAGCAGCAACCAACAGGAGUUGCGGUGGUGGUGGCGGCAGUGCCCACGUCGACGCCAGCCACGACCACAACAACCGAGUCAACAUCCAGCACCAAGCGGAUUUUGAUCGUGUCGACGUGGCGAUCGGGAUCGUCGUUCCUGGGCCAACUCAUCGCCAGUUCGCCCGGCGUUUUCUAUUCCUUCGAGCUCAUGGCCAAACACGUCCCGUUCCUGUUCCGCUGCCACUUUCCCGACGACUACAUCCGGUUCAUCAACGGGACCAAUCACGUGAAACUCAACCGGCGGAUCUGGAAAGAGUGCCGAUAUCACGAGCUCCCGUCCUUGUGCCACCAACCGCAAAUGCUGGCCCAGCUCUGCGCUUCUUUUCCCGUCAAUUUGAUCAAAGUCGUCGAGUUGUCGGUCAAAGAUCUCGUCGCCUUCACCACCAAUUCGUCAUCGGCUCUUGCCGGCCAUCCCGUGACGGACCGUUGGAAAAUCGUCUACCUGGUCCGCGAUCCUCGCGGCACCAUGGCCUCCAGGGCCAAACUAAAAUGGUGGAUGGCCAAUCGGAAUUGCCAGGAACCGGCCCGACUCUGUGGCCGCAUCGAAGAAGAUCUCGACUUGGAAAAGCAUUUCACGGCCGGCCGGGAUUACCUUCUGCUGAAAUUCGAAGAUUUGGCCGUCAACGUCCGAUCGGAGACGGAGAAACUCUUCCGCUUCCUGCAACUGCCCGUCACGGAUCUCACGACGGCCUUUCUCGACACUCACACCCAUCAGUCGAAUAACCAAACGGCCGAAAAGGAUCCGUUUUCCACCGUCCGGCAAUCGGACACCGUGGCGUUCGGCUGGAAAACGAAAUUGUCGAAGAAAAAAAUCGCCAAAAUAACCAAUUCUUGCGCGCCAUUUUUGAAAAAGAUGGGCGUCAUCGUUUAGCAAGUGUCUGCCGUUGAAAAUCGCCUCGCCUAUAAUAGUAGCUUAAUAGUUAUAUUCUUCAACAAAGUUUUGGCUGCAGCUGCUGCCUUUUGGUUUUUUUCUCUCAUUUGCAUCAGCCAACUGUGGCCGAUUAUUGGCCGGUUGCCAACUCGAAUCAUUUUCUAUACACCAACUUGUUCAAAAUUUUGGUUUGAGCUCUUUUGUGUUAUUUAAUCCAAUAGGAUUCCGUGUCCAUGUCGCAUUGAAAAUCACCACAGACGCAUCUUCUUCUUCUUCUUUAUAAGGACAUUUCACAUUUUGUUUUUUCUUUUUCCUGGAUGUGGGGGGGGGGAUAGUAUCGACCUUAAAACCCCCCGUUGUUUUUUAAAAAAAUAUUCUUCUUCACAUUUUUGGGAACAUAUGGGAAAAGUCGUUUGAAUAUUUUGUCCUUGUUAUUGUAAGAGCUCGGGAUUGGGUUGAAAUUUCAAAAGUACCGAGAAAUUUCUUUUGUGCUCAGCUCACAGCUCAAACAACACAUUGUUCGCAUGUAGACUCAUUAAUCAUCGUGAAUAAUAAUUUAACGUAAUAUAAUAAGACAACUUUUUGGCUUUUGUGUGUGUGUCGGGGUGUUGGACGGGUUUACUAUCAACCCAGUCGAUCCUAGAUGUAUCCUGAUAGAUGUUGGUGAUUUGCACUGCUGCUCAAUAGAGAAAGGGGUCUUCAAGUCCCGAGGGAUUUAUUCACGGAUAAGAUAGUACAUUACGUACCGGAUCUGGUUGGGAUCCCUCCUCCUCCUACCCACUCAAAAAGAGUGAUGGUGAUGGGUCCCCUCCACCCCUCCUCUUGAAAAUUGUGUAUAAUAACUUUUUGUUGCGCGCUAAAGGUCACAAAUAUCGACUCGCCGGGUUUUUCGGUUGUUGUUUUGUUGCCGUUUCUGGCUUUUUUUAUGAGGACUUGCUGAUUAUCUGGCCGUUUUAUGACAACGCGUGGCCUUAGUUAAUAAUAAGUAGUAGACAGUCAAAUAAAUGAAUAUUUAUUAAUAAAUUAAAUACGCGCAUUCUAACCAUUCUGGCAUUCUUUAACCGCCGCCCAAUUCCUGUUUGUUUUUUAUCGGAUCUGUUGGUUUGAAUUCUCGACAGAUGGCGUUCGAUGUGGUUCUCUAUUUACGACCGCCAGAUGGCUAUCAAGUACAGACAGCAAAACAUCUGAACGAAAAUUCAAUUCAAUCUGUGAGACGAGACUGGAUAUUUGUUUAAUUAAUUAAAAAAUCACGAUUGUCAAGUCUUUCGUAAUGUCUAAUUCAAUGAGAAAUGUCAAGUAGGCCAAUGCAACGCUACUGGACAGUUUGAUCUUUGAUAAAGUAAGCAUGUCUAUAUCUGGUUUGGCGAGUCGUCCUAAAAGCCCACCAUGCUGCAAAAACGUGAACAAAUAAGCAAUGACAAAUUCAUUUGUCAGAAUGGAUCUGCUAGUGCAGCUAAUCACCGUUAACAUCAGACAACAUCAGACAUGAG